UAUGCUGUUCCUGGUGGAGAUAGACCGUGUUUACUAAAGGUAGAAAGAUGGGUCAAAUCGAAGACCUCAAAAUAUUUGUCACAGAGCGGCUGCACACUGCUGCUUCAGAAAUAUUAGGCGCUAUUGAAAAAACAAUAACGGACUACGAGGAGCAGACUACCCGUUUGAAGGAAGAAAACGACCGCCAUCGCUCUCUGUUGGACAUGAUCCUCAAAGCCAAGUUACCACAAAAAGAAGCAGGUUAUGCCAACCAAAGAGCCCCUGCUGCCACCAGCCCAUGUUCAUCAGACUCAAGUCCUCCCCGCAAGGCCAGAAAAGGCCCCGGCCAUUCCAGUGAUUUGCAGUGUGUCUUCACCUCACGCACCGACUUUCUGAAGUUUGCAGCCGAAGGCAACUGUCCCUACUGCUUGAAGACAACUGAGGCCACUGAGACACACUUAAUGAGAAAGCAUUAUCUAUUUGCUGUUCAUUUUACUGAGGGCGGCAAAGAAAAAUUUGUUGUACCAUGUAUGUGCAAAGACAGGAUCCAGCGCAGAAGUCACUGGCACUGCCCGUAUUGCAGGAAGAUAAUUUAUCGGAAAUGUAACUUUGAGCGACACAUAUCUAAGCAACAUUGUUAUGCAAUACUGCAGCAAAGCCAAGAUGCAGAGGUUGAUCAGCCCUCUGGCUCUACCUUUGAGGAGGAGGCUCCUCUGAGUCCUGAACCCUGGUGUCAGCAGGAACUCGGUAAUCUGGACCAGGAGGAUGAAAAGACCUCGCGGCUGCAUCAAAUUAAAGAGGAACAGGAUAUGUCGAGACUAGUGAGUCAUUCUGAGUUGCAGAACACAGAGCAACUGCAGAUUAAAGGUGAGCAAAUGCCAAACAGUCAAAUGGGAGAGCAAAGUCUGGAGACAGAUCACACCCAGUACUCUGCCUUUAACAUCGUAUGUGUGGGAAGUUAUAUUCAAGAUCCCAGCAAAAUCAACAGUGAGGAAAGCAGCAAGGGACGUCCGCUUUGUAAUUCUUCAACUCAGCCUCUGGAACCUCAACCUGGUAGUGGAGUUGGUGGGAUAUGGCAGCCAGCAGGGGAAUGUCAGCACACCGCUGAAGACAAGAUUGAGGAGUGGAAGACAAACCAUACACCUUCAGGUUUAAAGGCACCCAGUUCAAAGAGGAGAAAGUUUGUGAAAAGAUCUUUACCAUCCUUGAGUUUAAAUAUAAAGAAAUCAACACAGUUAACUGUCAGUCAGAGCGCCACAGGUCCUCAUUGUUGUAAAGCCUGUGGAAAGACUUUCCAUUACAUAUACACACUGAAGACACACGCGCAAGCACACGCAGCGGAUAAAACCCGUAUGUGUGGAAUCUGUGGGAAAUGCUUAGAGUCCAAAGAGAGUUUCGUCCAGCACCUUCACAGCCACACAAAGAGAAACAAAUGUGGUGUAUGUGGCAAACAGUUUUCUAAUAAUUCCCGUCUCAAACGGCAUAGGAGAUUUCAUGGACCAAAGGGUCUAAAUGUCUUGUCAUCAGUCUAAAACCAUAGAUGGACGAAAUCCUGAUGUCAUAAAUGCAUCAAAAUCUGCCUUGAUGACUGAACUGUAAGUGGGAGAUACCAGUCCAGUGGUGUAUUUAUGGAAGGAAUAACUCAGUCCUAGUGCUGAGCAGUAUGUUUAUGCUUUAUGUAUAUCAUUGUAUCAUACAGUUUUGCAAAUGUGUGUGUUCAUGUGUUGUGUGUUUCUUCCCGAUGUAUAUUUCUUCAUAAAUCAUGAGUUUGGAAGUGAGAGGCUUUUAGGCAGAUACAGUCACAACAACACCUAAUAGAUUUUACUUGUUGAACACUGCUUUGCAGUGUGGAAAGUAACCAAGUACAUUUACUUUUACUUAAGUACUGUUAGUACAAUGUAGAGGUUUAUGCUAUACUUAUACUCCACUACAUUUCAAAAAUAAGUGUUGUACUUUCUAUUCCACAACACAUUGUUAAAGACUAAAUCAGUGUUUUCCAACCUUUUUUGCCUCUGACAUGCUGCGAAAAGCAGUGUAGUCAUGGUUACAGUACAUUUCAGAUGUCUAGGAGUUCAAUAGAUGGUUUCAUUUCACACGUGGUUUCAUUUCAGUAAGUGCUCAAAUGAGCCAAUAUCUCAUCUCAAAGAUUACACAGAAUAAGUCCUGAAGAUUUGUGUAUUGGACUUUUCUUCCUUCCUCUCCCAUUAAUCAUCUCACCACCCCUCAGCCAUAUGUGGUACCCUAUUUAUAAAAGUGUAGCCUGUAUAAAAUUCUUCUAACUAGCUCCACCUUCAGCAGUGAUGAAAGUUAAACAUGCUGCUUACACAUUGUUACUUCACUAUUAAUAAUCUAAUGAUGUCUUACAUAAUAAUAUGUCAGUCAGGGGGGCUAAACCACUACUUUUAUUUUGAUACUUUAAUUUUGUUAUUAAUAACUUUGAUACUCAAGUAGGAGUUUUUAUGCAGGAUUUCUAGUUGUGAUGGAGUAUUUAUCCAUUGUUGUAUUGGUACUUUUCUUGAAGCAAAGGAUGUGAAUACUGCUUCCACCACUGAUUGGCUUUAUCUUCAUGACAUUGUAAAAGCAGAAAAUGUACUGUAUGUCUAUCAGACUGGGAGCGUGCCUCUUUUUUUAAUUACACCAUUUCAUAUAGGUAGUACAAUAAAUAUAUACUGGAAGCCCAACAAAUACCACAAAAAAUGAAGAAUGAAUGUGGAUAUAUGAGUCAAAGCGUUUUAGUCUGUUUCUGUGUGACAUUUGUAUUGUGGGUUGCGGGAGAUUGAAUUAUGAUGAAGAUACAGUAAAGUACUAAAGGUGUAGUGUUUAAUGCCGAUGAAAAUGUUCGGAAUUUUGCGACUUCUCAUGAGCCUGUUGCUGAACGGACUGUGCGUCCAGCCAGCUUUCAAUAGCGUUUGCUGGGAUUAUAUAUGUUGUACGCAGUUUGUUGACUGCAGUGUGUGUCGAUCCCAACGCUUCCGUUUUGUCAUUCAUGUCCCAUGAUGUGGUGACUUUGUCCAUGGCAGGAAGGAAGAGGGAGGGAAGCGGCAGCGUUUGACUCCGCUCCGGAGAGUCUGUCCUCAGUCAGUCCCCUCCGCCCCCCGGUUAAUUUAUAGUAACUCCCGGGCGAGUUACUACCUCCUCUUGGUUUUUAUACGGGGAAUAUGGCUGUGUUGAAGAUACAAGACCAGCCGUCUCUGUUAAGAGCCAUCUUCAACGUGGACCCAGAUGAAGUUCGCUCCCUCAUAUUCAAGAAGGAGGAUGUGAACAUUCAGGACAACGAGAAGCGGACGCCUCUGCACGCUGCAGCCUAUCUGGGAGACGCUGAGAUCAUUGAGCUGCUUAUCCUCUCAGGAGCCAGAGUUAAUGCCAAAGACAACAAGUGGUUGACGCCUCUUCACCGAGCCGUCGCCUCUUGUAGUGAGGAUGCAGUGGCAGUGUUGCUGAAGCACAGCGCAGAUGUUAACGCCCGGGACAAGAACUGGCAGACGCCGCUCCAUGUUGCUGCUAGCAACAAGGCGGUACGCUGUGCCGAAGCUUUGGUCCCGCUGCUCAGCAAUGUCAACGUGUCCGACCGGGCGGGACGCACUGCCCUGCACCACGCUGCCUUCAGUGGUCAUGUAGAGAUGGUCAAGUUGCUGCUGUCCAGAGGAGCCAACAUUAAUGCAUUUGACAAGAAGGACAGGAGAGCUAUCCACUGGGGAGCCUACAUGGGCCACCUGGAGGUGGUGAAAUUAUUGGUGGCCAGCGGAGCAGAAGUGGACUGCAAGGACAAGAAAGCCUACACCCCGCUCCAUGCAGCCGCCUCCAGUGGCAUGAGCAGCACAGUGCACUACCUGCUGAGCCUGGGGGUCCACGUCAAUGAGGUGAACGCCUAUGGCAACACUCCACUCCAUUUGGCCUGCUACAACGGACAGGAUGUGGUGGUCAACGAGCUCAUCAGGGCAGGGGCCAACGUCAAUCAGGUGAACGAGAGGGGUUUUUCUGCUCUCCACUUUGCCUCCUCUUCACGCCAGGGGGCGCUGUGCCAGGAGCUGCUGUUGGCCCACGGAGCGCACAUCAACAUGCGGAGUAAGGACCGGAAGACUCCCCUCCACAUGGCAGCUACUCAUGGAAGGUUCUCCUGCUCACAGGCCCUCAUUCAAAAUGGAGCUGAGAUUGAUUGUGAGGACAAGAGCAGAAACACUGCCCUUCACAUCGCCGCCCGUUGUGGCCAUGAGCUCAUCAUCACAGCACUCAUCAAACAUGGAGCCAACACCGCCAAGAGAGGCAUUCACGGGAUGUUCCCUCUACACCUGGCAGCUCUCAGCGGCUUCUCAGAUUGCUGCAGGAAGCUGCUGUCCUCAGGUUUUGACAUCGACACCCCUGAUGACUUUGGAAGGACCUGUCUACAUGCUGCUGCAGCUGGAGGGAACCUGGAGUGUCUGAACCUGCUGUUAAACAUAGGAGCGGACUUUAACAGGAAAGACAACUUUGGAAGGACUCCACUACACUAUGCAUCAGCCAACUGUAACUACCAGUGUGUGUUUGCCUUGGUGGGGUCUGGGGCAAGCAUCAAUGAGCUGGACCAGAGAGGCUGCAGCCCCCUGCACUACGCUGCUGCAGCUGACACUGAUGGGAAAUGUGUGGAAUACCUGUUGAGGAACGAUGCUGAUCCAGGAGUGAGAGACAAGCAGGGUUACAGUGCAGUGCAUUAUGCCUCGGCCUACGGGCGCACACUCUGCCUGGAACUGAUGGCAAGCGAGACACCUCUUGAUGUGUUGAUGGAAACAUCCGGAACAGACAUCCUCAGUGACUUAGAGAGCCAGGCACCUGUGAGUCCACUGCACCUGGCGGCUUACCACGGACACUGUGGAGCUUUAGAGGUUCUCUUGUCUUCACUGCUGGAAGUGGACGUUUGCAGCCCGGAAGGCCGGACCCCCCUCAGCCUGGCCUGCUCCAGAGGUCAUCAGGAGUGUGUCUCUCUACUGCUGCACCACGGCUCCUCACCCAUGACCUGUGACUACACACACAAAAAGACAGCCAUACAUGCUGCAGCUAUGAAUGGCCACCCAGAGUGCCUGCGCCUGCUCAUGAGCAACAACGACCAACACAUUAAUGUGGACGCACAAGACAUCAACGGACAGACCCCUCUGAUGUUGGCAGUGCUGAAUGGACACACAGAGUGUGUGUACUCUCUACUCAGUCAAGGAGCCAGUGUAGAGAAUCAAGACCGUUGGGGGCGGACAGCACUACACCGAGGGGCAGUGACAGGCCAGGAGGAGUGUGUGGAGGCCCUCCUCCAGCGGGGGGCCAGUGUGUGUGUCAGAGACAUCCGGGGCCGCUCCCCUCUCCACCUAGCAUCCGCUUGCGGCCGUGUGGGUGCCCUAGGUGCCCUGCUGCAGGCCAGCACCACCACCGCUACCACCACCUCACAAACUCAUGCACACCUCACUGACAACCAGGGCUACACCCCGCUGCAUUGGGCCUGCUACAACGGAUACGAUGCUUGUGUGGAGGUGUUGUUAGACCAGGAGGUGUUCAAGAAGAUUAAGGGCAACUCUUUCAGUCCACUGCACUGUGCUGUUAUGAACGAUAACGAGGGAGUGGCUGAGAUGUUAAUUGACUCCCUGGGCACAACUAUCGUCAAUACCACUGACUCCAAGGGCAGGACCCCCCUUCACGCUGCAGCUUUCUCCGACCACGUGGAGUGUGUCUCCCUUCUGUUGAGCCACGGAGCACAGGCAAAUGUAGUCGACACACACUCGCGCAGGACACCGCUGAUGAUGGCAGCUCUCAAUGGGCAGACCAAUACUGUGGAGGUGUUGGUGAGCAGUGCUAAAGCAGACUUGACGCUACAGGAUACACACAGGAACACGGCAUUACAUCUGGCAUGCAGCAAGGGUCACGAGACGAGUGCCUUGUUGAUUAUGGAGAAGAUCAGCGACCGGAACCUCAUCAACUGCACUAAUGCUGCUCUCCAGACGCCCCUGCACGUUGCAGCCAGAAAGGGAUUGACGGUGGUGGUCCAGGAGCUGCUGGGGAAAGGAGCUAGUGUGUUAGCAGUGGAUGAGAACGGUUACACUCCAGCUCUGUCCUGCGCUCCCAACCGUGAUGUGGCCGACUGCCUGGCGCUCAUCCUCAACUCCAUGAUGCCCACCUCCCCUAUGGUCACCAUAGCAGCUUUGCCUGCGCUUUCUCUUACUCAGACAGUCGUCAACCACCACCCCACCAACAACCACAUCUCCAAAGGUGUGGCCUUUGACACCCCACCCCCUCUGAGGCCUGACCAUGCCUCCUACUGCAGGCCAGAGCGCCCGCUGUCCUCUGUCUCUGGAGACGAUGAAAUGAAUGACUCUGAUUCAGAGACAUACUGAGGACAAACCUCCUAAUGGACAGAGUGUCGCAAUACUGGCAGGCUGGCCAGCCACUCAGGAGCCUUAACUGAACACUGACAAGGAACUAAAAGAGAGAAAAGAGGAAGAAAAUAGAGCCAGUGUGCAGAUAUUUUUAGGUAAGCCUCUUCAAAUCUAAAAAUAACCCUUGUUGUAAACCAGAUGUUUGUUUCCUUAAGGUGCGUACCCAGCGGGGUGGAAAAUAAUGUACUAAAAUAUAGAAUAAGGUGAAUACACACUACAUUUCUCUCAGACAGUAUCACUGUAAAAACUCAGAGGACUGCUUUUUUUGUAGCACGACUGUCUAAAGAAAAAACUGAGGGACAAUCUUAUGGGACCAGGACAUUAAGUACUGUUUUCCCUACUGUACUUUUGAGUUUUUAUUCUGAGUUCUUCUUCAAGCUAUCAUGGGAGACGUUGAUGACUGUCACAUUAGUAAUGCAGCGUCAUUGUUUUUGAACCACUUUUCAGUUCCGAGGAGAGGAAGUCAUUAUUGAAUCCUAAGAAAUUAUUCUGAGUGGAAACCUGAAUCUUUGGGAGCUGAUUCUGACAGCAGGUGGAUUUAAGACCCAUUUACUGUAUGAUUGAUCCACUAGUCAGUUGAUUGGCAACCAGAAUAAGCGGCCCAAGGAACUUUAAACUUGCAAUGCUGUAACUACUCAAUGUCUGUGUACUGUACUGGAGACAGGGGAAAGUGGCUGACACUGUGUGUACGUGUGUGUGUAAAAGAGAUAGUGUGUUUGUGUGUGUGGGAGAGAGAGUGAAAUGAAUGACUAUUGCCUUUUUAGGAACAAGCAACUUUCAGGCAGAGGAUGAACGCUACUUGG